AUGACCAAAUCUACGUCUUCGUCUUCCACAUCGUUCCCUGCAGCGACGUCGUCUUCUGGGUCAUCGUCCACGUCUACCGCGCGAAGCUGGGCGACUUGGACGUCCUCUUCCACCUCUACAUCGUCCUCAACAGUUGUGGUUGAAGAUGGGGCAUCCAGCGCGUCAGUUCAAGUGGCAACCUUGCUUGCAGUUGCGUGUGGAGGAUCUAUUACACUGGUGGCUUUCUUCUUCGCCUGCAGGACGGCACAUCUGAAAGGAGAGGCAGUACACGCGGCCCAGCGAGCUAAGUUCGAGGAACCCAUCGUCACAGCUUUACAAGGACCGCGCACGGAGGAGAGUGCUGCAGCUGGCUUCGCUGACAUUACGAAGAUCAAGCGGAAAGCCAAGACCAAGCCUGCCGAGAACGAUGGAGAGGAGGAGACCGUCGACGUAGUUGUCGAAGGCCACAAUAACACGGCGAUCUCAGAUUCGACAGGAAGGGAGACGGUUCAGACGAGUGCCCUUGACGUGGAGGUGGACCCGGCGGCCGCGGUGCCGCAAUCAACACCGCGAGUCACCGCUUCCCUUCCUGAGGAGCGGCAACAAGGCCCCGCGGUUGUGAAUGAAAGCAGCAAGUCGCUGAGCUCUGCUGACGUGUUGCACAAGAAGACGAAGGUCAAGUGCAAAGCUAAGGUAAAGAAGAAGGUGAAAAAGCCGAUCGACGAGAUUUCGCGCGAAGGGCAUCUCGUCAUCGAUGUGUCAGAUACGAUGAGUUCGGAGAUGGUCGAGGGUGCCAUCAGUCUUGAGGAAGUGGCUUUCGAAGAGCCGAUAUCCUUCGGUGCACCAGGCGACCUACCCUGGCACAGCCAUGUGCCGGGCGAUCGGGGCCACGUAUCCGGUACACAGGCACCGGAGCAGAAGAAAAUGAAAAAGAUUCCGAAGUGCAAGGAAAAGACAGGCCUUGACGCAAGUCGUGAACCCGAAGAUCAGACUGAGACAUAUUAG